CAGGUGGGGGAAGCCUGCUGGGCACUAGGGAGCUGGUGGGCCAGAAGCUGUGGGUGGGCAGGCCCAUGACAUCUCUGGGCUCCCAGCUCUGCUGGGUAGCAUUCCUGACAGCCCUCCUACUGCUGCUGCGGGUGAAGGGGAUGAAGUCUCAGAAGGGCAGCCCAGACAUGGAUGAGGGGAAGCAGAAAGAGAAAAUGGCUUCUGCAGACCAGAACCAAGAGCAGUUUGAAGAACAUUUUCUGGCUUCCUCGGUGGGUGAGCUGUGGCAGGUGAUGGACAUGGCCCAGCAAGAGGAGAACACGACAUCGAAGGCAGCAGCUGUCCGAGACCACCUUUUUGAUCUAGCCUUCUGCUUUAACAUGGCCAGCAUCAUGGUUUUUUUAUAA